AUGGCCGCACGACGCGCGCUUCGCGCGCUCGCGAACGCGCCGCCCGCCGCGCAGCUCUGGCGCGGCGCGUCGUCGCCGUGCCUCGCUCGUCCUCCGCCGCUCUUCGCGAGUCGUCAUCGCGAGACGACGACGAGCGGCGACGCUCCGAGCGGCGGGCGGAGAUCUCGAGGCUUCGCCGCGGGCGCGUCGUCGUCGUCGUCGUCGUCGGACGACGCGCGCGAGCCCUCGCUCGCGUCCAUCCGCGACGCGAUCCUCGACGAGUCCGAUCCAAACUACCCGCUCGGGUCCUCGCCGUCGACGCGCGUGGACGAGUGGAAGCACCCGUCCGGGAACUUCUCGCUCUGGCUCCUUCGACGGUCGUCCGCGCCCGCGCGCCGCGAGCACGACGCGCGCGUCCCCGUCGGCGAGGGCGACGACGCCGACGUGCUCGCGUGCGUGCUCUCGCGAGGCGACGCCGCGCUCGAGCGCGGGCAGUACCACCCGGAGAUCGGCGCGAUCGGGAUGACGCCGUGCGCGGCCGCGGCGCUGCGCACGAUGCGCGCGGACGCGGAGUGCUUCCUCGCGCUGCCCGGCUUGUGCGCGUGGGUCCGAGCGAACGAACGCUGGACGGACGCCGACGGGCUAAGGAAGCCUCUGUUCGGCGGCCACUCAGUGGAGGAGUUGAGGGAGGCGAUGGAGGCGGCGAAGGCGAUCGCGUUGGGGGUGCCGAGGCCCGGGCACAGCGUGUUGGGGCGCGGCACGUUCGCCGCCGCGGAGCCGGCGUGGACGGCGAUGGCGUCGGAAUAUCUCGAGGAGGACGAGGUCGUCGGCGCGGAGCGCGCGGCGUUCGCCGCGGCGUUGAGGCAGGUGCACCCGACGCGGAAGCUCACGACGGAGGUGCGGCACAUGGCGAACGCGGACCCGGAGUAUUUGAAGGACGCGGGGGGGGCGAUGGUGGUGUUGAAGUCUUCGGAUGAUGGUGGUGGUUCACGGUGGUGA